AGUGGAGAGGGAGGUCAAACCAACAUGGCGGCCUAAGGGCCAGUACUUUUGCAGCUUUUACAGACUGUCACUGGAUUUACAAUGGCUGUAGACUCAAGAAACUCAAAUGGAAAGUCUUCUUUUGAUUCUGGACAACGCGAUGAACGAGACUGGCCUGAUUUUGCUUGUGGUGCAGGAGCCGCAGUUGUUAAUAUCAUCGUAACCUUCCCCGCCUACAAGGUGAUGUUUCGCCAGCAGGUGGAGGGGUUAAGAUUUCGUAAAGCUCUGAGACAGGUCUUAAAAGAAGGAAUUGCAAACCUUUACCGGGGUGUUUUGCCUCCAUUGAUGCAAAAAGGUACUUCUCUUGCUAUUAUGUUCGGUUGUUACCACAAGUUUCAAAGAGUGCUUUCAAAGACUUUUCCCAACACAUCUUCGGUGAAAACGAAUGCAGUAGCUGCCUUACUAGCUGGAAGCUUGGAAGCUUCUUUGACACCAUUUGAACGCGUGCAAACGUUAAUGUCUCAUCGAGGUCAUAAUGAGAGAUUUACAAAUACUUUUCAUGCAUUUAGAGUUGUAGGAAAACAGUUUGGACUACUGGAAUACUACAGAGGCCUCACUCCCAUACUCUUAAGGAAUGGACCCUCUAAUGUGCUCUUUUUUGGCCUUAGAGGUCCUAUAAAAUCCUUGCUUCCAGAGACAAAGACUAGCAUUGGUAACGCAGCCAAUGAUUUUGUCAGUGGCGCAGUCUUAGGUGCUUGUCUUAGCACACUGGCCUUCCCAAUAAAUGUAGUUAAAAGUCAUAUGCAGAAACAGCUAGGAGGUGAAUUUAUCAAUGUCUGGAAAGCCUUCAAUGUUGUGUUUCAAGAGCGUGGUAGAAGAAUACGACGUUUGUUCUAUGGUGUGUCACUGAACUACACAAGGGCUUUAAUGUCAUGGGGGAUAAUUAAUUGCACAUAUGAAAUACUCAUGAAGUUGACUGGCUUUGGACAGCUAUUGCACAAGAAGAAAUAUGCAAAGGUGUAAAUUUUCUAGCCUGCA